UUUUAUUCUUUUUAGACGAUUACCCCGGGGCUUCUCUGAGAAAAAUAGGAGUAGAUUGCUGGAAUUACCAUGGGUUGAAAUGAAAGAUAGGAUGACCUGCCUGGACAAAGGCAUAGGGACUCAGGAAGAUGAGAACUCCUGCUCCUUCUCUGAAUCGGAUUUUCCUGGCUGUAGAGACCAGAUCAACCCUUCCAUUCCAUCGAUUUGGGCCGCAGCUUUGGGAAUGAUGAUUUCACUGGAAGUGCAGUGGUGGAUAAAGGGGAAGCAGGGUGAGGUAAUUUCACUGGGUCACGCUCUGUCACCUAGGCUGGAGUGCAGUGGAACAUUCUCAGCUCACAGCAUCCUUGGCCUCCCAGGGGGCUCAAGCCAUCCUCCCGCCUCAGUCUCCCAAGUAGCUGGGACCACAGCUUUGUAUCCAGUGGAGGAGGCUUGGGCCCACGCUGGUAAAAUGAGAAGUUAGGGGAGGAUGUCCUCAGAGAGCUGGAAGAUCACAGUCCUCAUUGUCACAACCGAUACAGUGUUGAUAGGGACAACAUAUGCCUUGGAAUGUUUCAAAUACUUUGCCACAAUUAAGGGACACUGAACAGGAACUCAGUUUUGGAAAACAAAGUGGAAUUUCUGGAAACUGCUAGCAUAAAAGCUUUGACAGGGUCACAUGCAGAUUAGCAUAAUUUUAUUACAUUUUCUAUUUUAGUCCUGUGAGAUACUAAUUUGGAUUUCAUUGUGCCCAUUGAGCGGCUUUUGUUCUUUGGCUGUGAGUUUAAUUAUUUAGUUAUUUAUGAGUGCAUCUGGGCAUAAGUGCCACAGUUUUAUUUCGGUGACAAAUUUAUGGUCAGUGAAUUUUAGUAAUUAAUGAAUAAAUUAUUUCUCCUCCGUAAAUGCCCCUGCAAUUUCUGAUUUUCAUAACAAUUCAUAAUACUUAAGAAAAAUUCUUUAUUAGUUGAAAAAGCCAAUGCUAAUGGAAUCAGGAAAAGGAGAUUUCAAAUUGCUUUAAUUAACUGUAUUAAUUAGUAUCCAACAUGUGUAAGAUAUUGAAUUGGCUUUGGUUGUCUCUCUUAGCAUUUAGUUGCCUAAAAUCUGUUUAAGAUAUGAAUAUACGGUGUUAAAAUAAAUUCUAAUUCUUUUGAGAAGUAAAUGGCAAGAAAAAAAUGAUCUCCUUUAUAAUCUUUAA